AGGCCCACCAUCACCGCCAGCACCGCCAGCAGCGCCUUUGGAUUUCGGAUUUCGGAUUUCGGAUUUCAGAUCGUUCCGGAAAUGCCUUACGUUGUUUGUCUUUGAUUCAUUGGAGAGCGGUGCCACGUGAUUGGGCUGGACUUGCAAAGUAGGAACUCCUGGCCAUGGCCUUGCAGACCAUGCGGAUGCCUAUGACUCCAUCAUCGAGCAGUGGUAGUGCGGGUGGUGGUGCUUCCUCGUCCUCCUCUUCUACGGGUCGAGUGACGCCUCAUAAUGCCGUGACCAGUGCCAACCUUUAUCCAUUAUGUCAACAGUGCGCCACGCCCAAGCCCACCCUCAAGUAUGUGAUCCCCACGCAUGGAGGUAAGAAAGAGUUCUGCUCCGAACCGUGCCUCAUGAAUCAUCGGAAAGGCAUUCAACCCGCUUCGGCCAUUGUCACGCCGCCCCCGGCCAGUGUGACCUCAGUUCAAAACACGCCUAAAUCCUCGCCCGUGUUGAGUCCUCGGGCCAAAUUGGACGACGAUGAGGACUCGAACGGGUCUUUCGAUUGGAAAGACUACUUAGCCGAAUCCGGGGCUCAGCCUGCCCCCGGUCACGCCUUCAAACAAGCGACCAUUCCACCGCCCAAUCAGUUUGAAGUCGAUUUCAAACUCGAGGCCCUCGAUCCGCGUUCGCAAUCCGUGUGUAUUGCCACCGUGGUGGGGACCUUGGGGCCUCGGGUUCGACUCCGUUUGGACGGAUCGGACUCCAAGAAUGAUUUCUGGAAGAUGGUCGAUUCCAGCGAUCUCAAUGAGAUCGGCGUGUGUGAGAAGAAUGGCGGGAUGCUGCAGCCUCCCGUGGGCUUCACUCUGAACGCCACCUCUUGGCCUAAGUUUCUUGUCCGAACCUUAAGUGGGGCCAAGAAUGCGCCCAAAAGUUGCUUCAAACCUGAGCCACCGACUCCCAAGAAGAACUACUUUGAAGUGGGACAAAAACUAGAGGCCCUGGACCGGAAGAACCCGCAUCUCAUAUGUUGCGCCACCGUCAGUGAAGUGAACCACGACCAAAUCCACGUCCAAUUUGACGGAUGGAAAGGAGCCUUUGAUUAUUGGUGCAAGUUCGACUCUCGAGAGAUCUUUCCUGUGGGAUGGUGCUCUAUGGCGGGCCACCCUCUUCAACCCCCUGGCAUGAAACAUUACCCGGGAAAAGCUCGGAUCAACGUGAACGUGCCGAACAAUUCCACGUCGCCAUCUUCCAACCAUUCCAGCCCGCCCAACAACAAUCAAAGUUCAAGUGUGAGAAAGCAAGCCUCCUCCACUCUGCACUCGCCUGAGCCAGACAGUAGUCAAAAGUUGAUCUUUGGCGGCGCGAGUCCCGACAAAUCCAGCCUUUCGCAACCUCCGCAACUCCAACCUCAAAGUUCGGCCGCCCAGCUGUGCAUCAAGGUGAACAAGGCCAAAAUCGCCUCUCUCACAGAUCUCGGACCAUUCUUGGACCGAAAAAAGAUGGAGAGACUGCCCUCCAUGUUCGGUCCCGCCCCUCUGAAUCGGGUGGUUCGAGAGUCGGUUCAGCAUCUCGUGGACGUAUCGCACGAUCAAAAAGAGGUAUUUGGACUUCUCCGACAAGGAGAAGGUAAAGUGAUCAUCACUGCGUCGUUCGAGGACAAAAUGCAGACUAUUCGUCUUCCCAAAAUGGACAAGAGUGAGGAUGUGUGGGACUUUAUGGAGAUCCUUUUCGACGAAUUGCGUUGUGACAUCUUCUACGAAAAAGGCAAAAUCGGUUCGUCGAAAGACCAAAGUGAGCAUUCCACUGUGAACAAUCUAAAUCCCACUCCCCUAGCCUAUGUCAAGUCCAAGAACGUGAAAGAUUUGACCCAUUCGAGCACCUUGAAACGGAAAGGGACGAUUGAGGCCGCGCCAAACGGACAUCCCAACAAACAUCCGGCUUCAAACAAAAGCCCAGCCGGACUGGAUUCUCACGGGCCAUCGCCCAACAAGACACCCCGUCUUUCCCAGUCGACGGAGGCCGUGAAGAAAUCGGCCAAGCAGAGUGCGGCCUCCCCACAUGAUCAUCAGCCUCGAGCUCGAGGCCGACCGCCAGGUUCGAAAUCUGGAAAAUCGAACAACAACGCCCACAAGACGCCUGUCACCUCGAGUUCGCAAGUGGUGCCGAGUAGUAGUAGUCCCAACAAGAAACUGCCCAUCUAUCACAAUGCCCAUAAGAACUAUGCCCAGCCAAAGGCCGACUAUCACCAGCAACUCCAACAGAUCCGGCCUUCCCCUCAAGUCAGUACGAUUUUGCCCGCCUCCACGAUUUUGACCAUGACUCCGUCGGCGGCCAUGGGAGCGGCGCCCAGUCAUCAGCUCAUCUACCCUGGGACGCCGACCACCUUUUUGGCUUCGAGCCCGCGCACACAACAUCACCCCAUCUACACGGCCAGUCCGCAGGUGAUGACCCCCACGUCGACGCCCACCACUAUCCUGCCAGUUCAAUAUCAAAACCCUCCUCCCCCUGCUCUUCCCCCGCCAAUUCAAACACCAGAGACCAUUGUACAAACCGAGGCGACGGCGCUCAAAUUGCCGGGCAAGUAUCAUUCGUCCAAUCUACCGGGUGAUCCUGGCGAUUGGACCAUAGAUCAGGUGGUGGGUCACAUAUCAGAGUUGGACAAGAGCCUGGCCCAUCACGUGGAGAUGUUCAAAACACACGAGAUUGACGGCAAAGCGCUCUUACUCCUCACGUCCGAGAUGAUGAUGCGCUAUAUGGACAUGAAGCUAGGUCCGGCACUGAAGAUCUCGAACAUUGUGGAGAUGCUCCAAGGGAAGAAGCAUUUGCCUAUGCCGCAAUGGUAAAACCACACACAUACACACACAGUACUCGUACACACACACACAUAUAUAUAAGUUUGUAACAUAUACAUAUUAUGGAAAGCAAUAUCCUCUAUACCUCCCGAUGUUCAUGUUAAUGGCGAUCGGUGAGAUUUUCUCUCCCUUAAUAUCGCUGUGACCUGCAAUUUUUACUUGUAUUGAAAAUACAUCUAUUUUCAUCAAUCAAAUUCCUCCACAGAGCAAGGCUUUUAUUGAAUCGUCCGUGACUUGAGUUCCUUCUGAGCUGCAGCACGUACGAAUGUUUGAUGGGUGGUCAAUGUGGUUUGGAAUGAAUCAAGGGUUCGUUGGUCAAGGAUGGAGGGGAGUUUCUUGCAGAUACUCAACAAGAGCUUUCCAAAUUUGGCAUUCUUCCUAAAGUGACUCGUGGACGCCACCAAAACAGGACACAAGCUCAACAAGAGCUCAUUUGGAAGAACGGAUUGUGGAUCGAGUUUUUGUAGGAAACACUCCAAAAGCAUCAAAUCCGGAUCUUGUAGCAACUCGCGACUCUGAAGAAACGUCUUGAACACAAACAAUCUCGAUUCUUCAUUCGGACACGCGUCUCGGAUGAAAGUUAAAAUCACCUCUGGGUGUGCCACAGGAUUCACCUCGAAUAACGGCCUUAAGAUUGACUGAACCACGAGAUCGAAUUCAAUCUCGGCCAAGGAUAUCACAGAUUGAGCCACUUCACGAAUGAUCACAUCCUCUUGCAUUAGAUUCGGGACGAUCAGAGUCUCACAAAUGAGCGCGAAUUGCUCGUUGUUCUGCAGUGGGUCGCUCACCAGAGCCUGACAUAACGAGCACAUUUCCACCACGCCCAGAGUCAAGCCCGCCUUCUCCAGAACAGGUCGGACUCGAUCUGGGGAACAGGUCUCAAAGAACACUUGAAAAUCACGUUUUUGCCAACCAUUCGACCGCAGUGCCUGAAUCAAACAUUCCUCGGAAGCAUUGGCUUUACCACCAAGAUUGACACUCUCGUUCAACCGGGGUCGUUUUGGCGAAGGAGGUGGGUCUGUUAGCUCUGAUUGGAGUGGUUCCGAGACGGAUUCUGGGGUCAGUUUCAAGCCAUAUAAGGCUCGGUAGAAUUGACGAACCUGAGAUUUGCGCUCAAAGUCCCCGUUGUCAAUGUCUUUUUGCUCUAACUUGGCCAACGUGGCCUUGAGCGCUUCCAUAUUGUCUAUGUCUUCAAAUCGAGGUGUCCACACUUGAUAGUGGUCGGUAGUCGAAGGUGGAUCGAGUGACCAGACAAUCGGAGGCGUAGAAAUCGUAAUAAGCCGUGCCAUGAAAGGCCAUGUUGGAAAGCACAAUCACGUAUUCACAGAUACAGAAGAAGCUGUACACAUAUGGUUCGCAGUACUCGUUGUGACGCCAGUAAAAGUACAGCAUGAGCAUCACACUGAACAAGGUGAUCUUGAGGAAGCGCUUCUUUAGAACCACGGCAUACCGCUCGUAAUUGUUUUGAGCCGAGUAACCGCCCCGACAGCACAAGUACACACUCACCGUCAUGUAAAUGAGCGAGCAGAAGAUGAACGUACCAAAGGCCGUCUUAUGGAUGGGAAAAUUCUCGUGCGAACUUACGAUGGUCAAGGUCAACAGGCCGAGAUUCUCCACGACGUGUACAACCAAGACGAGUUGGACCAGAAACGCGUUCAACGGCGAGUGCGGUAGCCGUUGAUGGAAGUGGUGGGCGUGGAGGAAGGCGAAAAGAAAUCGGGGAGCACAAUGGAGAGAGAUGCACGCCUGCCAAAUAUAUCGCUGCGGCUUGAAGGUCCCGAUGGCGGCCGAGAUACUGGGGGCGAAAUUGGACACCUCACAGUGCGUAUAAGUGGCGUUCUGGAAACAAAAUUGAGAAACCCGCCAUAUCAUUGAACGGAUCGCCCUCCAUUCGUAUCUGUUAGUAAUACCUCAAACUGGUCCCAAAUCGAACCCACAAUACAGAACCCGAACCCCCCUAACGGCAAACUAAUGGUGAAGGCGGCUAAUUGGCGCAAUUUAAACGCGAUCAAAUUCGACCCGGCGUUGGAUAAUUUGCGAGCCAUUUUCUUCCCCUUUUCGUCCUGUUCCUUCUUUUAUGGAGUGCCAAGGGGUAAGAAUUGGCUGUGUUUGGAGAAAGUCCAACACCUGACCCCCGCCAAUUUCGAAAUUCGAAGGUUUCCCCCACCCCCUAGCCCCAAAAUCGUAUUAGAUGCCCUAGGCUCAUCCUCACAUUCCCGCUCUUGAACCCUAGAUCCGUGUUUUAAAGUGGGUUCUCGCCCAGACGCCUUACCGGAUAUCGGACGAUGGUGGUCAAGACGCAGACCACGGCCGCUAUGAAGGGCAGUCCCACGGUAGCGGCUAAAAGCUGGCGGAAGUGCCACCGUAGAAUGGGCUGACUGGGGUUGUUCAUGGCGGUCGGGUGGCGGCGACGGUGAAUCCCGGGAAUGGUAGGGACGGUUGCUCCGCUUGGUGCUGGUCCUGGAACCCCGCCGCCGGGGCCAAGAGUGCUCAGCCAGUGGAGAUGAGUAGAAGAUGGAGGACGGCCACAGCAUCACGAAGUCCGGUCAACCUCGACCACGGCGAACAUGGCUCGAUUAGACUGGCAGAUCGAACGAGGUACUACAAGAGCUCCAAGAGCUCCAAGAUCGAUCGGCAGACUCAACUACCAAGAGAGUAGUCGAGUGGUCGAGUGGUCGAGUGGUCGUUGGAUCGAUUCGAGUCGGGCUUGGCCAGCAGGGACUUUAGCUCGUCAGGGCGACUCCUCACGACAGACAUACCUGCCUAGAGAGUUGGAUUUUAUUUCAGCUCGACCGAGUUGCCUACCUACCUAACAAUCAUCCAUGUGCUGCUAUCUUUGUCUCUAAUCUCUUAUCUUUUCAUGCAUGGACGUGUGUCGAUGGUGACCACAUGGUUUGGACCCAAAAGAGCCCAGAGCCUACCCGGAGAAGGUGCAGGUUUUAGCGCUAAAAGGGCGAGACCGAAAGUAAAAAUAAAAGAGUAAAAAAACGCAAGCUAUAAAAGCGAAACAUGCAGUGCAGCUGUUGGAUGUCAAAGUACCAGACUUCAAGUUGGUGGCCAAUCUAUUUAUUGUCCCUUGGUUCAUAAUCCUAGGCCUAGUUCUCCUGUGAGUAAAGAGGUAGCAACUAAGGCCUAAAACAGAACCUACAGCUAGCUGAACUAAAUCGAAUUAAUCUAGAGCUAUACUACCAGUACAUGACAAAAGGAACUCAAUCUAGCUCUAUACAGCUACAUUUAGGCCCCAUGUGAGUGUCUUUCAGUUUUCCCAGGGCUGACGAGUGACGAGACACACAGACGAGGUUCAAUUCUGUUCCAACCCUGUAUACGUACAUGCAGUACGUAUAUACUUGGAAAUGGGUCGGUGCGGAUCAAGUCUGAAUCGAGUUCCAAACACCACUUGUCAUGUACCGCUUGCCCAAGGGAGUAGACUGAAUUAUGGAGCCCUUGGCGUCAGGAGAUCCAGGACCGAAGGAACCACCGAGGCAGAAGCACAGACGUUCAUGGAACCGAUGGCAGCCGCACUCCCAAGGGGUUCAGAUUAAGGUCCCUAUGGCAGAGGCUUCUGUUUUAGAGUCCAGGGACUUUGUGUUGGUGAAUAAAUCAACACGGUGUUCAAUAAGCCCUAUCAAGUGUGCAUAGAAAUUCCCAAACACAGCUUGGCAUUUUUCUACCUCAAAAAGUCAUAGGGCACAACUUUGACUUUGUUGCUUUAUGGAAUUCUAGCCCACAUGAAGAACUUACUUGCCUAAAAACUGAAAUUUUCAAAAUCCUAUUCAAUCUAAAUUAGGAUAAAACUUACUUCGCUUUUGAAUAUAAUUUAUGAUAUCAUCUAUUUCACCGCUACGUAGUUACAUGGGAUUUAGUGGUCCAAAUUUCAUCGUUUUUUUAGCCAGUGUGGCUAGAUGAUAUCAUAAUUUAUAUUCAAGAGCCAACUAAGUGUGCUUCCAAUUUACAUUGAAUAGGUUUUUGAAAAAUUUGGUUUUUAUAAUGGUUUUAGGUAUGUAACUUUUUCAUGUGGUGUAGAAUUCCAUAAAGCAAUAAAAUCAAAAUAUUUCCCCGUGAUUUUUUGAGGUAGGAAAUUGCCAAGAUGUGUUUGGGAAUUUCCGUCAAAACUUUAAAGGGUAUUUUUACCACAGCGUGAAGUAUGAUUCAUGAACUUUGUGUAAAUGAAAAAUUUGAGAAAAUCUCUAGAAGCAACUUGGUCAUGUCAUGGAUCAAAAGGGCAUAAGCUUGAAUUUAGAUCCUGGAAAAGAGGCGUCAUUGUAAAUGGACGAGCCUGGAUUCCAGUGGUGGUAAAGAAGUCUGCUAACAAAAAAAAAGAAAAAAAAACAUAUGUUUACAAAUAUUCCAUUCUCAUCAUGAUAAAUCCUUUUUUUGGUUUUGUUUUUCACGGGCUUUUCUAACCGCUGCAAGGAAUGUAAUUCCCAUUACUAUUGAAAUGAAAGGUUGUAAUUUGUCUAUUUAUUACCUUUCACUCUUUAUAUGUUCAGCUUAGUUCUUUCACACAUGUGUUUUCUUACCUUAAAAAGUUAAGUCUAAACAUAUGAUGGAAAAUCUCCACGUUUUACUUUGCUUUCAGAGUUGCCUGUAUUUUCCUCAUAUGUGGCAAAAUUAGUAUACAAUUGCUAAAGUCUCUUGUCAAAUAUGCGUGCCACAUCAUGCUUAUUAUUUCCUUGAUUAGCAGUUGCCAAGAAUGGACUACGUCUAAUGGUUGAAAAUUGGUAUUUAACAUAUAUCUUUGUAAUGAAAAUCAUGUUCUUGGAUCUGAAAGGUUGUACUCGUCAGAGGUUGCUCUUCAUGCUUGCACUCUUCCACUAAAGAGCCCUAGGCACACGCAGUCACAUUUAGCUUUGUUGGUCAUUUCCUGCAUUAUUUUGUAAUGGCUGUUGUUAUUGAGCUGUAUUGUAGCAGAUCAAGCAUCAUCUGUACUGUUUAAAUAUUUGACUGAUUUGUUUUUGCCUUAUCCCUAGGGGAAUUUGAUUCGGGGAAACGUACUGCCCGGCUUUGUGUUCUUCUUUGUACUGAGAUCAAAUUAGGGAGGGGUUCUUGCUUGUUGGUUCUGAUGUUGUGUAUUCUUGUUGGUUCCAAGAGUGUCUCUGUUAGGUCAGGUGGCGGUGCUACUCAGUUAUGUUUGAUGUUGUGGAUCACCAUAAUAUCUGCCACAAACCUUCUGCCCGAAAGCUAGUACAGGCCUAACCCUCUCAAUCAUUCUUUAUAUUGAAGGGGUCACAAGUGUCACCACCACCGCAUAGAUCUCUGCUGGACUCCUUCAACUCUGUCAAAGUCCGUUUUAAGCUACGGCAACCAAACAGCAAAAUCGAAUUUUAGUUUGGGUCUCAAAAAAGUUUUGAACCAGAACAACGUGUUUUCUAGACUUGAAAUGUGAGGUAUGUCAUACCUAGAAUCUGGCAAGCUUUACAAACAAUCCUAAUGAUGUCUACCGACAAUGUCAGGCCCUGGUCCAUCAUUACUCCAAGAUCCACCUCCCUUGACAUUACUUACAGGCCUUGUCCGUCCACACUGUACAGUGGUGGUAAACUUUAGACUCUUGGACUUGUGCAUAUUGAAGGACUUUCUGAUUGUGUUGGCCCAGGCCAAGAAGAACUCAAAGACUGGAGGGGAUCUUGUCCAGGCCAAAGCUGAGUUAUAGAGGGGUGUGAAGCUUUGGGAUUUCAUACUAGUGCGCCCUCUGGUUCUGCCAUGAAGGAAGUGUCACCACACUUCUUACUCAUGACAAAGUGAUUGGUACCAAAGAUUUUUUUUGUAUUUUCUGGAUAUUUUUAUCACUUGUGAUGAAAUGUCAUCUUUAUCAAAUGAAUGUUGAACUUAAAUGGUUCAAAAUAAUUGUCGAACAAUUUCCAAAACAUAGCGUACAAUUUUGUCAAUGAAAAUUUGGAAGCACUGGAUGUGCUAAAAUCAUGGUAGUUCUUGCCGCGAUUGUGGCGCAGCCUAAGUAGCUCACACACCUGUAAUCCGAUCCGGUUCUUUACACGUCUCUAUAGUUGCUUUGCAGUUGUGAUCUGUCAUGUUUAUCUACAAGAGCUCUGAAGAUCUUGGUGUUGACUGCAUAUUUAAAAUGUUUGAAAUGUUUGUAGGGUUAAGAUUGCCAGAUUGGUAUAAAAAUACAAUGGCCAAACUGGUGAGCUGAUGCUUAUGCGUGUUAACGUCCAAGCCUAAACUCAGAGGUACGAGCGUUGAAAAAACUCGCUUCUGGUCGUUAAGUAACCCGAGAACUUUUACUAUCUAGGCAAUUUUUGCAUUGGGUAGCCCACCAUGUACUCUGUUUAGAUUCUCCGUGAAGUGUCCAUACUUUUUAAAAUGGUGCUAAUUUAUUUUACUGAUGUGGCAGGCUGGUUUGAUCGUACUGUGCUAAUUUUCAUAAAAAAAAUGAGAAUAGGUCCAGAGGUGCCAAAUUUUGCUUUCAUUCCAACCCUCCCUCUACUGAUUUCAUGACCAGCUUACUUCGGGACUACGUAAAACAAGUUAUCACCAAACGUUCAAGUAGCAACAUCAAAAACUUUUUCUUGUAACCCAAAGCCCGUGAUCCCCAAAGGUCACAAGUGAUUAACCGCAAAUCUGACGGUUUGUCCGACACUCACUCGCAUUCAUCAACAUAAUACCUGUUUAGAGCCAACGAUUUCGAUGGCUGAAUUCGUCGCCUCACCCGACGACCAAACGAGGGCUCAAGCCCUGAGCGAGACUUUGAAUGCCACGGAAUGUGUGACGAUUGUGGCGGGCAUCAUAGCCAAUCCCAACCAGAUUUGUCGUCGGGAGCGGGCUUCGUAUGCGGUGGGAGCGGCUCGAGGAGCGGCUUGGACUGUUGGUCAAAUCGCUAAGGCCUCGCCCACCCCCGAGAACCUCACUUAUGCCCAAAUGGCGGAGAACGCAGCACGGUCGGUGGAAUUACUGAUGUCGUUAUUGAAAUGAAUUGAUUUUCAUUGAACGAAACACGAUUGGAACAGAAGGCAGGCCCAUCAAGUGCCUCAUUUUUUUGUAGCCUAGCUGGACGACGGUACGCUUGGUAUUUUAACCGCAAAUCAAGGCUCACGUAUUCCAGAUCAGACUUUUCAAUACUGUUUAUUGUUGAAAAUAAAUGCGGGUUCAUAGCUACACACA